GCGCAAAAUUCUUUAAAACUCGUUCCAAUAAUUCAGUUCAGUUUCACUCGGUAUAUCUUGUCGAAUGCACGCACGAAUUUCACCGAAAUGAGGGAUUUUACAGUGCUAUCAAGUGAAACGACAUUUUGAACAAGUGAUUUUUUGGUACGUGGUCGAUAGAAUGCGGUCGUUGGAAGUGUCGACUCCUUGGCAGGAGGAGGAGGAUGUGGAGGUGGAGGACAUCGAGCUGGGGAAGCACGCGAUGAACGGGAGGGACGAUCUCACCGAGUCGAGUAGUGACGAAGCAACGGGUCGAAAACGAAGAAAACAUGGAGGGAGUGCUUCGAGUGGAAGUGCGUCGAGCGGGACGACGACGAGGAGAAGGAAGUCGUGCAUCAGUGCGCGAGAGAGAAAUUUAAGAAGACUGGAGAGCAAUGAGAGGGAAAGAAUGAGGAUGCAUUCACUCAACGAUGCGUUCGAGCAAUUGAGAGAAGUCAUCCCGCACAUAAAAAUGGAGCGCAAACUGUCGAAAAUCGAGACUUUAACCUUAGCCAAAAACUACAUAAUGGCCCUAACGAACGUGAUAUGCGAGAUGCGAGGCGAGGAGAAACACUACACAUUUCAAGAUGUGGAGGAUGACAGUACAGUGGAGCUGGAAACGACAGAAGAGCCAAAUCGCGAGCAGAACAACAAUUCAAUGUUUCAGCAAAACCUCGAAAAUCACCAAGAAAACGCAAUGGUGAAUUCUCGCUGAAGUUGGGACUGGUCCUGAAUGUGCAUAUCUGUUCUAGGCCUACGUUUGGGUGGUUGUAAUUUUCUUGAUAAAGCCAAUGUGAUUUAAUGUGCUUCCGUGUUGUGUCCGUGUAUAGAUAGUGAUAAGUUAUAGACGUAAAAGACACUUAUUUUUAAACAAACAGAUAUAUAUUGUGUUUAAAUUAUUUUAUAUGAAAUGACAUAACUACCUUGACUUGUUAUAUUAGAGUACCUAGAUAUGUAAGAAAGUGUCGUUUUGUUUGGUUUUCGGCGUCCAACACUACGUAAUAUGGAAGUUGCAACCGCAAAAAGUGAACAGUUUGCAACUUCCAUACCGGGAAAUGACACGAACAAAGUUACCUAAACCGAGGUUGGAACCUCAAAAUACUCUAAGUUAUGCUCAAGAAUGUCAAGUGCGAAUUGUACACCGACUGUCAUCCCUCUAGUUUAGACACUUUUCUUCUCAAAAGUGAACAAUUCGUACGGAAGGAAGCGAUUGGAAGUUCCAAAUGCAAAUGUGAUAUUGUAGAAAACUUAACAAGUUUUUGUUAGAACAUAAACAUAUAUUUUAUGACAUGUAUUAAGUGUAUUCUUGGACAAAUAUUACACUUCGUGAGAUAUACAUUCCAAUAUCAAAUAAAAAUGUCAGGAAUCUUA